AUGUCGACACUUUCGGACGAAACCCUCAGAAAGAUCCUGCUGCAAAUUCAGCAGACUGCUGUGCAGUCGCAAAGGGCGUUGAACGUCUCUCGUCAACAAAUGUCCGCAAAGGAGAGGGAGCGCCGUAUACUGCAGUUGACCAUCGAUGAGAUCAGUCAGAUGGACAACGAAGUGAACUUGUACAAAGGAAUUGGGAAAAUGUUCAUGAUGGUACCCCGCCCUGAGAUGGAAAAGGAUCUGAAGACACAGGAGAAGGAACUCUCGGACGAUAUCAAUAAUCUAACGAAGAAGGCGAAGUAUCUCGAAAAGCAGUUCAACGACGCUCAAACCCAAUUACGCGACAUAUUUCAUCACGCUCCGAAACAAUGA